GCAUCAGCUUAUUUCAGUCUCAAACUCCAAGCUCAGUAGAAAUACAAAAAUCAGAGUUCUAUAAUUUCAACAAUGGCGAAGGGAUUUCUUCUUGUUUGUAUGAGCUUCUUCUUCUUGGCACCAAAUGUUUUUAUGAUUUUAGCCAUGGCCAGUGAAAAGGCUACAACAAGCUUACCUGCUCAUAAUCAAAAUGAAGACCAUGGCAGCAUUACCGGAGCAGCAGCACCGGUGCCACUUCCACGAAAAGCGGGAGGCAACCAUCACCGGUCUAGUUCCAAAUCAGCCGGUUUCUCUGGCUCCCCAGCGUCUAAUCCUAUCAUCACAACAAAAAAUAAUAACAACCAGAAAGACCUAAAAAGCUCCAGCGCCGCAUCCAUUUUCCCGGAACAUGGCAAAUCUGAUUCUGUUGCAAUUGCACCAUCUACUGCUACCGGUGAACACCACAGUGUAAUUACUGAUGCGGUUGAAGAAGCACAUCCUCAUGGAGAAACCACUCCUGAUGAAAACCAUGGGAGUGAAGCUGCCGCUGCUCCUCAGCAUGGGACUAUUGAAGGACAUAAUGAAGAAGAGCACCAUGAAGCUGCUGAAUCACCAUUGAGCAGCAGAAAGUUAGCGAAUCAUCGUCAUCAUCAUUAUCAUCCAAGCGAGAAAUCAGUUGCCGGAGGUGGAGUCAUAUUGGGGGGACUGGCGACGACUUUUCUCGUAUCAAUUGCGUGUUACAUUAGAGCAACUAGGAGGAACAAGAAAAACAACAAAAUUAACAAUAUCAGUGACAGAGAAAAAGAUCCUCAGGAAACCACAUCACCUUGAAUCAACACACUAAAUUCGCUGCUUUCGAACCGUUGAUGCUACCCCGUUUCAUAGGGUGCCUUCACAAACCUCUGUGAAACGCCGACGAGAAAAGGCCGGAGAGGACUAAAUAAAUAACAAAUAAAGGACGAGUCGACGGACUAUAUUUUGUUCUUGGAGUAGUUAUUAGCAUCUUUUAAUCGGUACACUUGUAAAG